GUCUCACUUCACAACAACAGUUCCUCUCUUUCCCUCGGACAAAAGAAAGAGACAUUGAGCUUCAAAUUUCAAUGGCGGCUGCUGACGUCACUAACGGUACUCAAGGUCCCCCACAAGCUCGACAAUCUUUACUUCCAGAUUACACUCAGCUGAUUUUGGAAGCCAUAGACGCAUUGGACGAGAAAGCCGGGUCGAAUAAGACAACGAUAGCGAAGCACAUCGAGUCGACUCACUCCGAUCUCCCAGCGGCUCACACCACUCUACUUUCCCACCACCUCAACAAGAUGAAACAAAGCGGUCAAAUAGUCAUGUUAAAGAACAAUUACAUGAGACCUGACCCGAAUGCUCCACCCAAGCGUGGACGCGGGCGUCCUCCUAAACCCAAGGCUCCUCUCCCACCCGGCACCGUCGUCUCUCCGCCUAGACCUCGUGGUCGUCCUCCCAAAGAUCCACUUGCUCCGCCUAAACCGAAACCCACUCCUGGGACCGGAAGGCCACGCGGACGGCCCCCUAAGACGGCUAAAGCUACACCGCCCGUCGACCCUCCAACUCCUGGAGUUAAGCGAGGCCGUGGUCGACCGCCGAAAGUGUAACCCACCGGCCACCGCGAAUUCUUCUUUUAUCUCUUCAACUUUUUAAUAUUUUUAGAUGGUGUUAGUUCUCUCUCGUCCACUAAUUAUUAUUUUAGGUUUUUUCCCCAAAAUUUUAAUUUUUUUCGGGGGGUUUGCUUCUGUGUAGAAACUGGGGAGGCUUCAGAUUUUAAUGACUCGUAAUUAGCAUG